CGGGCAAAGGAUCCGCGGCCGAAAGAUCGAGGCUCAAAUUGUAGUCUCAUAAGCCUGCCGACGCUCACUCUGCUCAUCCCAGUGCUCCUUUGUCCAUGGCUUCUCCAGCUCCUCGCCGCCCUUUGUCGACACCCGAGAGCUUCCUCUGCGGAGGUCUCGCAGCAUGUCUAGCAGUCACAGUCUCAAAUCCGGCUGAAGUUGCCAAGACGCGUAUGCAGCUACAAGGAGAACUCGCAAAGGGUGGUGGCAAGAAGGUCUACAAGAACGCCAUAGAUGUGCUCACUAAAACGUGGAAGCACGAGGGUGUCCGAGGUAUACAGAGAGGUCUCGGUAUGGCGUACAUGUAUCAGAUACUGCUCAAUGGAUCGCGUUUAGGCUUUUACGAACCAGUUCGGCAGACCUUCAACUCCAUGAUAGGGCGGCCUGUAUCUGAACUGAUACCAUUUACCUCCAUUGCUGCUGGUGCUACGAGCGGCGCGGUUGGCGCUGCUCUCGGCAAUCCGCUGUUCCUCAUCAAGGCGCGCAUGCAGGCGUAUUCUCCGGCGUUCCCGGUCGGUACCCAGCAUUAUUACCGGAAUUCCUUCAAUGCGCUCUCGACGGUAUGGCGGACCGAAGGGUUCCGAGGCCUCGUUCGCGGGAUAGAUGCUGCUAUCCUGCGGACAUCAAUGGGAUCAUCGGUCCAACUGCCAACAUACAACUGGACUAAAAACCAGCUUGUGACUAAUGGUGUACUACCCGACAAGAGCAUAUGGACAUACCUGGCUAGUAGCUCUGUGUCAGGUAUAUGUGUGUGCAUAGUCAUGCAGCCAGCUGAUACGGCCCUCACACGGAUGUAUAACCAACCGACCAUCAAAGGGCCCGAUGGGCGGCUAAUCGGAACGCUUUACAAGAACCCGAUAGACUGCUUGUGGAAAACCGUGAAGACCGAAGGUGUCUUCGGAUGGUACAAAGGAUCUACCGCUCAUUUCCUGCGGAUAGCCCCACACACAAUUAUUACCCUGACCGCUAACGAUAUCAUUCUUGGUUUAUACAAGUCGCUAAGCCAUACUUACUAGAUGCUUACUUAGAGUUUUCAUGCCUUUCCUUGAACUGGAUGACAAACAUAUUAUCUUACUCUAGACUCUAGUGUACAGCGGCAAGUCCUAAUAGCAUAUUUCUUGCACCAUACUCCGACACAUAUCUCCGCUGGAUGUCAUCGGAACAAUCAUGAACGAUACACUGAAGUGCAUGACGAAUUUUUACUUAUACAUACCGGUACAAUAGAGUUGGUUACCAUAAGUUAGGCCGUUGGCGUGAUAUGGAAUUCUGUUCAUAUCAUUUCCUGCUACUACUGGGAAUGUUCCUCCAGCGAGUAUUUUUGCGAGUUGUCAGGAAGAUCUCGGCACCUGGCUCGCAGCCCAUCCAUGCCGAGGGCUGCGAGGGGAAAAGGUUUGUGACAAGGAACUUUUGACCCGGGGUAAACGUCCCAGAAUUAGAGCCUUCCGAGGUGCUUAGGCUAAGCACGUCCCAUACCGUCACUUGAGCCGUCCGAUUCGCAGGUCGCCGUUCCGUCCGUGCAUCUCGCAUGACUACGAUUCUAAAGUUGCGAACGUCUCGAGGCGGACAUAAACUUCGCAGCUCGCGCUCAAUUUCUUCAGGUGCCAGAUCGUCCUCGCGUUUGUAGGCAUUGCGAAGGUGACGCGCAAGCCAACCAGCUUCGGAGCGACUUGCGCUUGAGAGAACGCCUUUCGCAGCUUGGGCGUCUUCGAGUAAGGAGUCGUACAGCGAGUCUAUACUGUCAGGCGGCGAAUCAUCGCCUCUUGGAUUGAACUGUGGGCCUGCCUUUUGUUCCAGACGUUCCGCGUAGGUCAAACGUAGAUCCUGCUGCCGGCGAUGCGCGUCCCAUAGUUUCGAUGCCUCGCGCUCUCGUUUGGCCUUCCAUCGUUCCCGUACAGCGUUCUCCUCUUUCCCAUUCAUGACGCCAGAACUUCGUUUUCUCCCUUGUUCGUCCUCUAGAGACUCGAUAUAUGCGACCGGAUAAGCCUUUACGACCUCCAUGGUCAUGGCGGCCACCGCACCCCCGUCUGCUGUGAGGCUGUUCAGGGAAAACAGGUGCAUGCCUCCACAAAACCCCAGCUUGGCAUGCCAAGGUGCUAGAUGGGUUGAGUUACCGCUGAUGAUGAGUGUAUUAGAGCUGUAGGCCUCCAAAAUCUCGCAAGGCUCUUUUUUCUCCGAGGAUAAUCUGGCGCCAGAGAUGGCAAGCUUACGGCCCACCCUUAUCUUCCCUUUACGAACGGCUCGCGCAAGAGGCCCAUCCAAGGGCGCUCUUAACCUGUACCAUCCAUCCGUAAGUUCGAGUUCAGGCUCCCCUUCGGUCAGUAGGCCGCUUUCAUCUCGGGUUCGCUCAGGCCAAAUGAUGGCAGAUACACAAAGCACCAUAGGCAACGCCGCGGGAGCGUCCUGAGUCGUGAUCAGCCGAAGGGCUGGACGUGAAGCACUGUUCAAAUCACGCUCAUACUUGUACAUGAGCUGGCGGAUGAUCUCCGGCCAACACCAGCGUUUCUUAUGCGGGUUCGCCUCUGUCUCUGGGUCUAGCGCCACCAUCCCUGCAACCUUCCACAAGAUGAGCGACCAGUGAUUCUUCACCCACUCUUUUGUCGCCAAAGAGCAGCCGCGGACGUGAAGUUCCCUGAGCGCGGCCUCGUAACCCACUUGCUCCUCCGAGGAUAAAGACAGAUCCUCUUCAGCCCCGGUAGUAGAGCAUUCUGGGUUGUGGAAGGAAUAGAACAAGGCAGUUUCAGGAGUGAUCUGGCUCAGCCCUGCAAUAUCGACUCCCAUGUCCUCAUAGUCCCCCACCGUAUACUUUUGAGGCUGAAGUUGAGACGAGGCUAGGCUCUUCCUGUCGGGUAUCGGCGUAAGAUCGAAAAUCUUCCGCAUAGCUUUCACCGGUGUUUUGGGCGCAUCCACGUGCUUCACUGGUGUAAACGGUGGCGGCUUGAAUCGAGGAGCCUUUAAAGGUGUAUGUUGGGAAGAUGCAAUGCCCAUAUUUACAUUCUUCGCCUCCAAAACUGCCCUUCCUGGCUGUCCUGAAUGCAGACCUUGUUUGAACGGCGUCACGAACUUUCGUGCAGGCGUGCCACGGGCGUUGCGUGGUGUCAAGCCCAAGGUUCUAUCUGCACUUGUAGAUGGUGGUAUGUUCUGAACAAGUGCAGCAGAAGCAGGACGGAUUGGAGUCGAUGGUGGAAGACUGAACGACGAUGCUGAGGCAAAGCCACCUUUAAGAGUAGGAUUCAAAAGUGAGCUGACAUGUCCCGGUCGAGCUACGGCAGCUUUGAUCAGUGGUGACCUGAAUGGCUUGGGAUUCCCAGGUAUGCUUGCGCCCAUGCUAAGAGACUGAGUGCUUUUCCCGGGGUGAGAGCGUAUAGGUGUUGGUGUAUCCGGCACGGCAGCCAGGGGGACCAUUCUCGCCGAAGAGAACGGUGCUUGAGAUGCACGCAGAGGAGUUGCAACGGGGAUUUCGGGUGACGGCACGUUUUCGUCAAGAUUGUCGCAGUCUUGUUCUUCCUGCCACUGCUUCAUCUUCUGUUGAGCUUUACGAAGAGCUUCCUCAGAUGGUGCCAUAAUGCCUUUGCCUUUGGCGCUAGUGAAGCCUGUAGACAGCCCUGCAGGCGUUCCAGUGGCUAAUGCUGAAGCCGAUGAGAACCCAGACACCGUUGAGUUGGCAGACCGAAAUCCUGUGACCGCUGGUAGAGGACCUGAGUCAAACCAAGCGGAGUGAUCCAUCUCCGGCGGUACUUCCGGUGAGGGAGAACGGCUACCUGUGUCUUUGAAUGUGUGUUUGAGUGU